AUUUAAGUGUGUAGUUUAAAACACAUGUGCUCGUAUAGAGUCAAUUGAGCAUAUCUUAUAAAGUAUACUUUAUAACCGCAUAUGUUACAACCUCUGAUAUUAUUUCAAUCUAAUAUAAACAAGGAUGGUUGUUUGUACUGAGUUUCAAGCAAUUGUACUAGCUGGAGGAAAGGGGUCUCGUAUGACCGAACUCACAGCUAAUCAACCAAAAUGUUUACUACCUAUAGGAAAUAAACCAAUGAUUUGGUUUUCAUUGCAACUACUUGAACGUAGUGGAUUUAAAGAAUGUAUUGUCGUAGUAUCAGAAUCAACGAAAAAUGAUGUAUCGUCCUCGUUGGAUAAAUUAAAUUUAAAAAUAAAACUAGACAUAAUAGGAAUACAAGGUGCAGAAGAUCUUGGUACUGCUGAUUCGAUAAGGCUUAUUUCUGAAAAGAUUCACACUGAUGUUUUAGUAUUAUCAUGUGAUUUGAUCACAGAUAUUGAUAUUUCGGAAACAUUAAAUUUAUAUAGAAAACAUAAUGCAAGUAUUACAGCAUUGAUGUUACCAAUAAUCAAAAUACCAGAUGGAUUUGUUACUCCAGGACCUAAAAAUAAACAAAAACCAGAAACAGAUUUAAUUGGAAUAGAUAAUGAAACAGGACGUUUAGUAUUCUUAGCGUCAGCAUCGGAUUUCGAAGAAACUAUCAACAUAUCACGAAAAAUUCUCAGAAAACAUACCAGUUUUACCAUGCUCUCUAAAUUAAUGGAUGCACAUGUUUAUAUUAUCCAAAAAUGGGUUUUGGAUUUUUUAGUAUUUAAUAAAAAUUUUAGUACGUUGAAAGGUGAACUUCUUCCAUACAUAGUUGCUAAACAAUUAUCAAAACCGCCUAAACAAUCUACAGAAGAGAAAAAUAAUUCAAUUGUACAAGUAAACUUGAAAGAAGAUUUGUUCCGUUUUGCUACUGCAAAACCAUUAGACAAAUUAAUAAGCAGAAUGUCUGCAUUUAAUGACCACAGUUAUGAUUUACAAGAAGCUUAUCAUGACGAUAUAAUUAAAUGUUACGCUCACAUUGUGAACAAUGGGUUUGGUUUAAGAGCCAACACUAUACAAAUGUAUCAUCUUGCAAAUUUGAAGAUAUCAGAUUUGUCAUCUAGUAUCAUUAAAUCUGAUUUACUACUGAAUACAUCAUCGUUGGCAACUGUUAAAAGUACACAAGUAAAUAAUUGUAGUAUAGAUGACAAUGCAUUUGUCGAUGAAAAAACGUCCCUUAAAUUUAGUCACAUUGGUCUUAAUACAAUUGUUCAAACAAAAACCAGAAUCUCAAACAGUAUUAUAAUGGAUAAUGUAACUAUCAAAGAAAGAUGCUCGAUACAAAACAGCAUUUUAUGUAAUGGGUCUAUUAUCGAGGAAGGUACCGAAUUAAAGGAUUGCAUAGUUGGUGCUCAACAUGUUGUAACAUCCAACAGUCAACAUUCUCAAGAAGUUUUAACCGAAGCUGACAGAUUAAUAGAAAUUUAAUUAUUAAUAAUGAUUUAUAAUUGAAAUUAAAUUGUGACUAAAUAAAUAC